AUGACAGAGGUUGAAAUAUACAAGGAUAGGCGUAAAAAGGAUAUUCACAAUAUGAUUGAAAGAAGAAGAAGAUAUAAUAUUAACGAUAGAAUUAAAGAAUUGGGUUUAAUGCUUCCAAAAUCAACUGCUGAAGAAAUGAAAUUAAAUAAAGGUACAAUUCUUAAAGCUUCUUGUGAUUAUAUUAGACAAUUACAAAAAGAUAGAGAAAUUAUGAUUAGACAUCAACAAAAAACUUCAAGAUUGGAAGAACUUGCUAAACAAUAUUUUCAAAGAAUUCAAGAUUUGGAAAAUCAACUUGAGAAAAACGGUAUUAAUGUACCUCCAUGUAAAUUACCAGCACCCAAUGCCUUAUCACCACCAAUUUGCCUUCCAUCUUCUACACAACAUGGAAAAUGUAUAAAACAAGAACCUUCUGAGGAAUUAAUUGGAAAUUUUUCUCCUUCGAGCACUCCACAGGCAAAAAUAGCCUGUAGUCUUCAAGAAAUGCAAAUAGCCAGUCCAACAUCAAGUCACGCUUCUCUCUUAAAAAUGUCAAGUAUUCAACAGCAAUUUGGCCAUCAUUCCCCAGCAGCUUUUAUAAUUGGGAGUGCUCCAACAGAAAUGGCUAAUUAUUUAAAUCAGCAUGUUCUAGCCAACAAUAAUUCGAAUAAUACAACACCAAAUACUUUAAAUUUAUUACAACAACAACCUAUGGAAUUUGGUACUAAUAUGUCUAAUUGGAAUGCACAAACACAAUUGGGUCAAAUAUUUAAUUCUGGGAAUUAUGGGGAGUUGAAUAUGGAAGAAUUUGCUUUUCAACAUAGAGGACCACUACAAGGUCAAGACCCAUUAAUGUCACAACAUGGAGGAAGUUUAUCCAAUCAAUUAUCGCCAGUUAUCCAAUGGGAUCAAUCAAGUUUCUCUCCUGGCCAUGAAACUAAUCAUUAA